AAAAUAUUCCCAACUGUAACGGUGCCGUUAGCUCGUUUCUGCUUGAUUUAACAUGACCGUCAUGUAGGACGGCUAACGUGCUAGCUAGCUAACCUGGCACCAACAUUUCUAGCUAGCUAACAUUAGCCCUAAUGCUAGCUCGACGUGUUAGUUGCCUAGCGCUUAGUUAUUUAGACAAAGCUUGUUCAGUCUCUUCUGCUAACGUUACAGUUGUGAGGAUUUUCUUCUGCUGUGGCAGUUUUCAAAAGUAAUGCCGGUGUUGUGUCCAACUCUGUUUGGGGAUCUGUUUCCCCCUAGCCCCGCCCCCGGACAUACUUUCUUCCAGAAGUCUACAAUAUAAAGCUAACACUAAGUACAUUUAUAAUCGGAACUUAGUUGAUCUUACCUUAAGUGUCUUCAACUAUCUGGAUGAGUUGUGACUUUUGUCUUGCUGUAACACGGUCCUGACAAGAGCAGAACAUCACAUGGACUACAAGCAGGAGACUCGAGCAUGGAGGAGAACCGCUGUCUGAUCUGAACUGCGCAUGCGCGAGCACUUGUUCAGCUAGGUACAGCAACACCACUUGUAAUAAUUACAUUUAGUUCAGUUGAUGAAAAUUUCAAAAACAAUUGCCAAAGCAUCAAACAAUUAGUCCAAAAAAAUUAGACCAUUAGAACAUUAUGGUCUAACAGGCAACCACACACCACAACGUCUGAACUAAAUUGAACUUUUAUAUGUCAAUAAUAAUUCCUGCACCUGUCCUACACAUCCCCAGACAUCCAAAAACUCCUAUCCAGAUGUCUGAAUAUUGAACUGCAUAUCUACAUACAAGAGGGGUCACAGACAGACAUUGUGGUGGGUCUCUGUCUGUGUGUGUGUGUGUGUGUGUGUGUGUUAGAAUAGAGGAAGUGAUCAAGUGGCACAGCUUUAACACACGCCACUGUUCUGUCAGUCAGUCAGUCAUUAGAGGGACAGGAUGGAGCUCAGUCCACUCUCUGUGAUGCUCUUGCUGAUUUCACUUAUACCAGUGGCCCAGGCUCAAGGGAGUCCUAAAGCUGUGGUGUCCAUAAUGCCUGAUACACAUGUGUUCAUUGGAGAGAUUGUUACUGUCAGAUGUGACAUACAGGGAGGAGGAGACACUCAGGGGACUUACAGCUGGAAGAAAAAUAAUAAAGUAGUCUCAGAGGGAGGAGGGAAACCCUACACAAUGCAGGUGUUCAGAAUCCAGUCUGUUAAAGUCUCUGACAGUGGUACCUACACCUGCAGUAUAAAUGGGAGUGACUCUCAGAGCUCAGAGAUCAGUGAUGCUGUUAAACUGACUGUAUCAGCAAAACCCAAACCGACUGUGAGAGUGAAUCCUCAGAGCUCCGUCUACACUGGAGACACCGUCACUCUGAGCUGUGAGCUGCAGCAGGGGACUGGAUGGGGGUUUCAGUGGUACAAAAAUAAUCAGUUACAAGCAGAAAUACUUAAUAUGACAGUCAAUAAUGCAGGAGAAACAGAGUACCAGUGUCGUGCAUCUAGGCUGAACUUCGACUACGGUGAGACUCCCUCCUACUACACAGACCUCAGUGAUCCUGUCAAGAUUACAGUGAGAGGAAAACCCAAAGCGACUGUGAGAGUGAAUCCUCAGAGCUCCGUCUACACUGGAGACACCGUCACUCUGAGCUGUGAGCUGCAGCAGGAGACUGGAUGGGAGUUUCAGUGGUACAAAAAUAAUCAGUUACAGAAUCUGAACAGUGAACAAGAGAACACACUUAAUGUGACAGUCGAUAAUGCAGGAGAAACAGAGUACCGGUGUCGGGCAAACAGGAUAAACAACAACUACUACUACUUCACAGAGUUCAGUGAUCCUGUCAAGAUUACAGUGAGAGCAAAACCCAAACCGUCUGUGAGAGUGAAUCCUCAGAGCUCCGUCUACACUGGAGACACCGUCACUCUGAGCUGUGAGCUGCAGCAGGAGACUGGAUGGAAGUUUCUCUGGUACAGAAAUAAUCAGUUACAGAAUCUGAGCAGUGAACAAGAGAACACACUUAAAGUGACAGUCGAUAAUGCAGGAGAAACAGAGUACAAGUGUCGGGCAAACAGGAUAAACAACAACUACUACUACUUCACAGAGUUCAGUGAUCCUGUCAAGAUUACAGUGAGAGAGAGACCACCGGCAGUACUGAGUGUAUCUCCACAGAGCUGGCUGACUGAAGGAGAGUCAGUGACUCUAAGCUGUGAGGUUACAGACUCCUCUACAGACUGGACAUUCAGCUGGUACACAGUUGUUCCCUACAGAGACGGCUUAACUGGAAUAAAUAAUAAUGGUGGCUAUAGCGUGUAUGUGGAGCUCCUCUCAGACAGCAGCAGAGGAUCUGGAGGCAAAUACACUCUCAGUCCUGCUGCUCUUAAACACACAGGAGUUUAUAUGUGCAGAGGAGAGAGAGGAGAACCAGCCCUUCACUCACAGUACAGCAAUCGACUCAGGAGAUAG